CAAAAGUAUUUUAUGGGAGAGAGAGAGAGAGAGAGAGAGGGAGAGAGGGAGCAUCAUCACUGCAUGAGUAACACUGAGCAUCGACAUUAGCAGCGAAGUAGGCUUCAGUAAAAACCACGCAUCCGUUUCAAAGUAGAGCCAGAAAGCAUCAGGACAUCCUCGGAACAGGCGCCGGGAGACGGGCUGCAUCAUGACUGCAAUGGAGGAGCAGGCAGACUGGCUGGAUGACUGAAUAACAUCGGCGCCUUUUGAGGAACACCGCUGGUACCGACUGUGAGAGCGCGGAAGCUGACUCGGUGGUUUAUACAGCCGAGCUGUGAGAGUGACCGACCCCCUCGACACGUCUCCAUUAGGGCGCUGUGAUAAGACAGCCAUGCCGCCCCCAGCUGACAUCGUGAAAGUUGCUAUUGAAUGGCCCGGUGCCAAUGCUCAGCUUAUAGAGAUGGACCAGAAAAGACCAUUGUCCUCAAUAAUACGGGAAGUAUGUGAUGGCUGGUCUUUAUCCGGCUCUGAGCAGUUUGCUCUUCGUUAUGCUGAUGGGCCUCAGCUUUACAUCACUGAGCAGAGCCGUGGCGAAAUCAAGAACGGGACCAUCCUUCGAUUAGCCAUUUCACCCGCUCGCGCUGCUCGUCAGCUCCUGGAGAGGAUCCAAUCCCACGGUAUCGACGCUCGGCUGGAGGCUCUGAAAGAGCUCGCCAAGCUGUCCGCAGACCCAACCUUUGCCGCGGAGUUCAUCAAUAUGGAGGGCAUUGGGACGCUGGCACGUCUUGUUGAGAGUGGCACCCACUUUGGUGAGAUGCUGGCCUUCACUCUCACAGCCUUCCUGGAGCUAAUGGAUCAUGGCAUUGUGUCCUGGGACCUCAUCUCCCUCUCCUUCAUCAAACAGAUCGCGGGCUAUGUGAACCAGCCGAUGGUGGACGUGUCCAUCCUGCAGCGCUCUCUAGCCAUCCUGGAGAGCAUGGUCCUCAACAGCCACAGCCUCUACCAUCGGGUGGCACAAGAGAUCACCGUUGGACAGCUCAUCGGGCAUCUGCAAGUGUCAAACCAAGAGAUCCAAACGUACGCCAUCGCCCUCAUCAAUGCUCUUUUCCUGAAGGCACCAGAAGACAGACGGCAGGAGGAGUAUACUAACCCGCUGGAGCAGCACCUCACUGAAAUGGCAAGCACUUUGGCUCAGAAACACCUGCGAUCCAUCAUCCUCAAUCAUGUUAUCAGAGGCAACCGACCAAUCAAAGCAGAAAUGGCACAUCAGCUGUAUGUGCUGCAGGUGUUGACCUUCAACCUUUUGGAAGAACGAAUGAUGACCAAAAUGGAUCCCAAUGACCAGGCUCAGAGAGACAUCAUAUUUGAGCUGCGAAGGAUUGCUUUCGAUGGAGAAAAUGACCCCACUGGUACAGAGAAGAGAAAGGCCAUGUACACCAAGGACUAUAAGAUGCUGGGCUUCACUAACCAUGUGAAUCCGGCCAUGGACUUCACCCAGACUCCCCCGGGAAUGCUGGCUUUGGACAACAUGCUGUACCUCGCAAAGGUUCACCAGGACACCUACAUCAGGAUUGUGCUGGAGAACAGCAGCCGAGAGGACAAGCACGAAUGUCCCUUCGGCCGGUGUGCCAUCGAACUCACUCGAAUGUUGUGCGAGAUUCUCCAGGUUGGAGAAUUGCCUAAUGAGGGCUGCAACGACUAUCACCCCAUGUUCUUCACUCAUGACCGGGCAUGGGAGGAGUUCUUCUGUGUCUGCAUCCAACUACUUAAUAAAACCUGGAAGGAGAUGAGAGCCACAGCUGAGGACUUCAAUAAGGUGAUGCAGGUGGUCCGUGAGCAGAUCACCAGGGCUCUGGCAAUGAAGCCGUCGUCUUUAGACCAGCUGAAGAAUAAACUGCGAGGCCUCAACUAUUCAGAGAUUCUGCGUCUGCGGCAGUCAGAGAGAAUGAGCCAGGACGACUUCCAGUCUCCUCCCAUCAUUGAGCUGCGGGAGAGAAUUCAGCCAGAGAUCUUAGAGCUCAUCAAGCAGCAGAGACUCAACCGGCUGUGUGAGGGGAGCUGUUUCCGCAAGCUGGGGAACCGCCGAAGGCAAGAGAAGUUUUGGUUCUGCAGACUCUCACUGAAUCACAAAGUGCUGCACUACGGAGACCUCGAUGAGUCACCUCAGGGUGAAGUGCCUUUUGAGCUACUCAGCGACAAGAUCCCUGUCUCUGACAUCAAAUCUGUGGUGACCGGGAAGGACUGCCCUCAUAUGAAAGAGAAAAGUGCUCUGAAACAAAACAAGGAGGUGCUGGAGUUAGCCUUCUCCGUCCUCUAUGAUCCCGAUGAGACGCUCAAUUUUGUUGCACCGAACAAGUAUGAGUACUGCAUCUGGACCGACGGGCUGUGCGCGCUGCUGGGCAGAGAGAUGGGCAGUGACCUGACUCGCAGUGACCUCGAUACUCUCAUCAGUAUGGAGAUGAAGCUCCGCCUCCUCGACCUUGAGAACAUCACCAUCCCAGAAGCCCCGCCCCCCGUGCCGAAGGAGCCUAGCUCUUAUAACUUCACCUACAACUACAGCUGAAGUGUGUGUGUGUGUGUGUGUGUGUGUGUGUGUGAGUUUGCGGUGCAUGUGUGUGUUUGUCAAGGAUGAUUAUCUUUUGAUGAAUUCAGCUGCAGAUGUUUGCACCUGGAGAGGUUACUUUGAACACUUUUAUUUUAUUUUUUACAUUUCAGAACCCUGGAGACUUUUCUCUGUCCAUGUUUGUGAUGCUGUAUGGUUCGUCUAAUAGAGGAAAUGUGUUUAUAGCUUCACAGGGAGGUCCAAGGUCGGGGUCCACUACAGAGCAGUGAUUCCUGUGAGUGAAUCUCAUUUAUCAGUGCAGUCUCCAGGCAACGCAUCCCCCUUCUUUGCUAUUUAAAGGUAUAAAGCUGCCUAAAAAGUGUGCCUGAUGGGGAGGGGAGUACAGAUCUGCAAAUUAGUCUUUAAUGGAGUAGAUUUCAGUCAGAUUGUGGCUUAACUGGUCAAUCAAAUAGUGCACUUGAAGUGACUGCCAUUCCACUGGUAAUACCUUUGAUUCGGUCUAUCCCUCCAUAUGACGGACGUAUGAUGUAACGUCACACAGAGUAGAGUGAGUGGGCCGAGAGUUUACACACACACACUCACACACACACUCCUGAAAUGACAUUCAGCCAGUGUCUCGCUCAAAGUCACUUUUAGCGGGAGGGUUAGUUGAUGUCAGGAGGUAUUGAACAUGACGUUUCUGGUGAAAGGACGGUCUCCCUAAUCAGAACACCGUCCUUCUGUCAUCGUGAAGAUAUUUGACCAGCAGUUCAGUAUUAAAAAGAAAAUGUGCUAAAAUUCAGUUAUAAAGAGAACUAGAAGCACAAUUUAAAAAAUCUACUUAUACAACAGAUAAGGUCUAAGGGUAAUAACUGUUUGUUACUUUUAUUAUGUUUAUCAUGCUGGGACGCAAAAGCCUAGGGCUGCAACUACCAAUUAUGUUCAUGAAUUGAUCAUUUGAUCCAUGAAAUAACAUAAAUUAGUGGAAAAUAAUAAUCACAAUUCCCUAGAAAUUCAGUUCUCAAGGUAAUAUAAAUGUUGUUUUGUCUGACUAAUGUUCCAAAAACCCCAACAAAAUCAGUUUGCAAAAUAUAACUAGCAAAUAAUUAUACCUGAGAAGGUGGAUCCUGUUAAUUUUUGCCUUUUUCUUAAAAAAACGUGUAAACCAAUAAGUGUUUGUCAGAAUCUUUGCAGAUGAAUUGCCUGUCCAUCAACUAAUCAAUUAAUGCACUAAUCGUUUAACAAAAAAUGCACAAAAGUGUUCCUGACAGCAUAUGAAUUGCUUUCAGCUUUUGUUCACUCAACACUCAUGCUGCUUCAGAUCGUUUGACUCACUUCUCUCCUCAGACAUCUUUUCAUAGCCGGUUAAACAGUGCGAGUUAGAUAUACGUAUCCCAUUGAAUUGAAACUGUUUAAGCAUGUUGUGUGAAGACACCAUUGCUGGCUUUAUGCGUCUGUGAGUGUGUAUUUGUGUGUGCAGAUUUACGCUUUAAAAAACAUGAAUGACCCUUUUAUUGUUGAGUUAUAGUCACUGCAUUGCCUUAUCAGUCAAAGUUACCUUAUAUUUUUGGUAAAAGUAGCAUUUAUAAGCAGUACAUGAAUAUAACACUUUAUACUAUAAUGUGUGUUAGUUCAUGUUUUUGUUAUUAUGACUUCUCCUAUGAAGCAUUCACUACAGAUGAGUAAACAUGAAAUUAAUGUUUGAUAACUUUAAAACAGUUGAAAUAAAUUAUAAUCAUAUAUCUUCAAUAUAUGUUAACAUAUGGUAGAUUGUUACAGUAUAACAAUUUUACAGUGUUUUUACAACUAUGUUAUACUGUGUUAUUAAACACUGAUUAACUGCUAAUACACCAGUUAUAGAUGCUUCAUAGGAGGAGUGACAGUUGUUUUUAUAAACCACUAAUUAAUUGUUUAUACACUGCUUAUAAAUGCUAAGUUAGGUUUGUGUUACCAUGUUUGGUAAGAUUAUAGUGACAAGUUGGUGUUUCUUUCCAGUUAAAAAAAACCUGCCUGACAUACCAACAGUGUUUGAUGCCCCUUGUGUUUGAAUUAAUCAGCAGUUUUGAGGCUUGAUUCCAGACUUUUUUUGGCACGCUGCACAGGCAAGCGGGACUAAAGAGCAGCUCUGUUGGCCUGUUUUAGAAACACGACCCUGCCAUGAAUGGAAGCAGGUCAAAGCCAGCUGAGUGAGAUGGCUGUGGGCAUCGGGAACAUCUAGUGCUGCUCAUGUAUCGUAUGAGCAGACCGUAUUCUGUGCUUUGUAUGCGGUGAUAUAAAUGAUAGUGCUGUCGCUUGAUGUUGUUUUCUUAUUUUCAUAGUGUCAUCGGUUUGUGUAUUUGAUUCACUUUAGUCACUUAAUGUCCUGUCUAAACCAGUACUAAUCACUACUGUCACUUGUUGAUGCAGAAUAGAAUUAUAUUUUUGUAAAUGAUUGUACAAUCUUGUCAGCUGUGAAGAGAAUGGGUAUCGAACCAACAGCAUUGCUCUGUACAACACAUCCAACAUGCCCAUAACUGGGGAAGGACAGUCACACUAAAACAAAUACAAAGUCACCACCAGGUUUUCAAACUACAAGCACCUCAUAUUGUUUAGGAAUGACACCCACUCCAGCACCCAAUGAUGAUGUCAGUGUUCAUGUAUCUUAUAAUGCUAAUCGAAAUAAUGAAAAAUGCCAUUACUGUUGAUGAUGUUCGUGAAAAGGAAUAUAUUUUAUGUUAGUUGUUUUCAAAUAAUGUUUCUGUUGUUUGGUUUUUAACCAAUGUCGGAGGUUGUAAAGGUUCCCUGUGGAGUUUUAGACUUCUAGUAGUGCGGUGGAGCGCUCUUUCUCUGAGUGGGUCCCUGUUCUGUAUGUCUAACGCACGCAAACGAGGACGCACUUGUGGUACAAAUUCCUGCCAAUGGUUUUGCGUCACACUACUACACUGAUCAACAGGUGGUGGUAAUUCACCAAGAAAUUCUGCAAUUCUCCAGAAAAGGCAGUGUAGAUGAAUUCUGCACGCUAUUAAAGAUGGAUGUUAACAAUACUAGAUGUAAAAUACUCAAACAAUCAUUUUGCAAAUGUUUUAUGGCACGCUUAUUAGACCUCAAGGACACACACUAGUGUUAGUGAGCAACACUGAAUGUAAACAAAACAAAACUCCACAGGGCCCCUUUUACUGCUCAAAAAGGGUUAUUUUAUAUUCCAGUAAGUCGUCGAACUGCAGCUAAAAUAUAUCAAUAAUGACAAAGUACUGCAGUGAGUAAAGGAUUGUUGCAUUGGAUGUACUAACAGUAUGAAUUGGUACUCUUUUACAUGACUUGCUAAACUAUUUAUUUCCACUUGCUAGUGAUCGUAAAGAAUGACAUGUUUGUUAAGAAAUGACAACAUAAAGUCAAAAUAUGGUUUACAUAUAGAUCGUUGUAUGUAUAUACAGUAUUGUGUUGCCUUAUUGAAGAAAAUGUAUCAUGUUUUGUGUGAAUAAAUACAGAGUCUAACUAGA